CAGGUGGGAACGGGGCCAUUCCAGUGGAUGGUUCUUAGCGUUUGCGGCCUGGCCAAUGCGGCUGAUGCGGUGGAGAUUCUGUCGGUAGGGCUGCUGGGCACGGCAGCGGAGCAAGAGCUUCAACUUACGGCACACCGUACGGGCGCACUCAACGCCUGUAUUUUUGUGGGCAUGUUCCUGGGCGGUCUGGGCUGGGGCUUCAUCGGUGACGUCAUUGGCCGCAAGCACUCCCUGCUGGUGGCCCUGGCGGUCAACGCGGUCUUCGGAGCGCUGUCCGCCGCGUCCACCAGUCUGUGGCAGCUGAUGGUCCUCAGACUGGUUGCGGGACUGGGGGUGGGUGGGUCCAUGCCAGUGGUGUUCUCACUCAUGAGCGAGUUCUGCCCGCCUAGCAGCCGUGGCAAGUUCAUGGCCAUGCUCGCCUCCUUCUGGAUGGUGGGCUCCCUCUACUCGGCCUCCAUGGGCUGGCUGCUCAUCCCCCUGGCGGGCUGGCGGGUGUUUGUGCUGGCGGCCUCAGUGCCGGCAACCGCCUGCUGCCUGCUAAUGGCGGCGCUGGUUCCGGAGAGCCCGAGAUACCUCACCAUCAUGGGGCGGGCCAGGGAGGCGGAGCAGGUGGGGCUGGAGGAUGGAAACCUGCAGGCUGCGAAUAUUUCGGAAGAGGUGGCGAAUUACAGGAUAUUCAUAAAGAUGGAUAAAAACUCUCUCCUGAAGCACUCAAGGAAACAGUUAAAUACGGCGACGGAGCGGGCGGCGGGGGUGCUUAGCGCACUUCUGAGCCCGCCCCUGCGGUCGUACACAGUGCCGCUAGCGGUGGCUUGGAUUGGGCUGUGUGGCGGGUGGUACUGCACCGUGCUGUGGGUGCCGCGGUAUUUUAAGGAGCGCGGAGCGGAGGAGACGUCGGUGUACGCGGAGACGUUUGCGGUGUCGCUGGCGAACCUGCCUGGUAACCUGGCCAGCAUAUGGCUUGUGGACCGAUUGGGGCGCCGCCUUACCGCUUGCGUCUGCAUGGCGGGCGCUUGUGUGUGCGCGCUGCUGUUUGCAGCGGCACCGGCGCAGGGCGUGUGGCCGCUGCUUGCUGCGUGUGUCUUCAACGGCGUGUCGGUCGGCGGUUGGAAUAGCCUGGACAUGAUAUCCGCGGAGCUAUAUCCGACUUCACUGCGUUCCUCGGGCUUCGGAUUGCUUAACGCGGUGGGUCGUGUAUCCUCCUUUGUCACUACCUACGCGGCGGGCGCCCUGCUGGAGGCGGCGCUGUGGGCCCCCCUGCUGGUGGCGGCGGUGCUGCUGGCGGCCGGCAGUGCCGCCAUGUUGAAAUUACCGGAACCGGCAGGUGAUCAGGGAGGCUGGAUGGGGGGUGCGGGUUAUGCGUUUCUUCGCGGCAACGCCUAG